CAGCUGGACGCUAAGAUGGCGGCGGCGUGAGUUGCAUGUUGUACGAGGAUCCCGGGGCUGCCGCAUUGCUCCGGCCCCGCCAUGGCCAUCACCAUCACGCUUAAAACGUUGCAGCAACAGACCUUCAAGAUACGCAUGGAGCCUGAGGAGACGGUGAAGGUCCUGAAGGAGAAGAUAGAGGCCGAGAAGGGAGGGGAUGCUUUCCCUGUGGCUGGACAGAAACUCAUCUAUGCCGGCAAGAUUUUGAGUGAUGAUGUCCCCAUCAAGGAAUACCAUAUAGAUGAGAAGAACUUUGUGGUUGUCAUGGUGACCAAGGCCAAGGCUGGUCAGAGUACCCCAGCACCCCCAGAGGUCUCACCCACUGCUGUCCCAGAGUCCUCCACACCCUUCCCUCCAGCUCCAGCAUCAGGCAUGUCCCAUCCCCCACCUACCAGCAGAGAGGACAAGAGCCCAUCAGAGGAAUCAGCUACUGCAACAUCUCCAGAAUCCAUCUCUGGCUCUGUUCCCUCUUCAGGUAGCAGCGGGCGAGAGGAAGACGCAGCUUCCACAUUAGUGACUGGCUCUGAGUACGAGACGAUGCUGACUGAGAUCAUGUCCAUGGGCUACGAGCGGGAGCGGGUUGUGGCCGCCUUGAGGGCCAGCUACAACAACCCCCACAGAGCUGUGGAGUACUUGCUCACGGGAAUUCCUGGGAGUCCCGAGCCGGAACAUGGUUCUGUUCAGGAGAGCCAGGUACCAGAACAGCCGGCCAUGGAAGCAGCAGGGGAAAACCCCCUGGAGUUCCUGCGGGACCAGCCCCAGUUCCAGAACAUGCGGCAAGUGAUUCAGCAGAACCCAGCCCUGCUCCCUGCACUGCUCCAGCAGCUGGGCCAGGAGAACCCUCAGCUCUUGCAGCAAAUUAGCCGACAUCAGGAGCAGUUCAUCCAGAUGUUGAAUGAGCCCCCUGGGGAGCUGGCAGACAUCUCUGAUGUGGAGGGGGAGGUUGGCGCCAUAGGUGAGGAGGCCCCACAGAUGAAUUAUAUCCAGGUGACGCCGCAGGAGAAGGAAGCUAUAGAAAGGCUGAAGAGCCCAGCCUGCUCAAAGUUGCUGGCAAGACCAGGAGGUGACAGAUGGGCCCCUCUUGGCCUCUGUCCCAGCUCCCUGCAGCCAGAUGGAGAGGCGCCUGCCUGCUUCCCCAUCCCCUGAAGCAUCCCCAAGGACAGCCCACCUCCCUCCUCCAUGACGAGGGGAAGCUGGAGCCCUAAACUCUUAUCCUCUAUUGGAGUGGCCCAAAUCUUUCCAUCUGGAGCGAGUUCAUUAGAAGCCCAAGGCUUUCUCCCCAGUCUGGCUUUGGCCUCCAGCCUGGAGAAGGAGGUAACAUGAGUUCCCAAGGCCAAGGCCACGCCUGCCCCAGGACGGAACCACAUCUCUGAUAAAGGUUUUUAAGUGAAUAAAGUUUAAAAA